UUUCCCGUCCCUGUUUCUCUCCCUGAAUCCCCUCUUAAUUAGUAGUAUAGAUUGACACAUUUAAAGACAUACAAAUAUAUAGGAAAAUCUGUCAGGUUAAAAUAUUCGUACACAGAAAUGUAGACGUAUAGGCAGACAAACAGGUAUUAUAAUUCGUUUUUCGUUUUCUUAAAAUAUAUUGACGUGCUGGGUAAAAUUGUAGUCCAUACGAGCCUGCCAUUACUCUAACCUCACCCCCACCCCCUUCUCGCGACCAUUUAAUGUGAAUUCAAUGCUAUAUUCAGAGCUGUACUUAUCUUCGUAUAUUUACACAUCAACGUAGAGGCUACUCGUAAUGCACAUGUGUUAAAUUGUUCAUUCUGAGACGGAACAGACAAACUGAUGCUUUAUUUCAGGAAUUUGCCUUUUACAAACCAUUCGACCAUUAAUAGUGCAUUUGGGCUGAGAUCCACCAAGGUUUCUGUUUUCAUUUGAAUUUCACUUUCCUUCAGUGGUUAUAUAUUAAUAGUGAAUAUAUUGGAGAAGCUUUUUGUAGUUGUAGUUGUAGUUGUAGAAAAACACUGGUAGAGAUAGCGUAGUUUAGCGGCUACCAAAGUAGCCAGCACAAGUAUCGUUUGGAAUAGCAUUUAAUAAAUCAACCAGGCAAACAAACACCCGCUACAGCCCUCUCUCCGUCUUAACGCACCCGGGUGUAUCACACUGUCCAAUUCUCUCCUUUUUGUCAUCACCCAAACGCAACCAUACGGUUCCUUUCACCUUCUCCCCCUCCCCCCUCCUUUCAAUCAAAAAUAUCCCAUUUUUUCAGUUUGGUUUGGUCCCGUCAAUUUUCAAAUAUUUACUUCCUAUACGUCAAGAGGAAAGGGGGUCCCCCUUUCAUGGAAUGCGGGAACAUGGGUCUGUUUGACCGCGGAGUUCAGAUGUUAUUGACCACUGUCGGCGCAUUCGCCGCCUUCAGUCUCAUGACCAUAGCGGUGGGCACGGACUACUGGCUGUAUUCGCGCGGCGUAUGCAAGAUCAAAUCGGUCAGCGAAAACGAGACCAGCAAGAAGAACGAGGAGGUCAUGACCCACUCGGGGCUGUGGAGGACGUGUUGCUUGGAAGGCAACUUUAAGGGGUUGUGUAAACAGAUAGAUCACUUUCCAGAAGACACAGACUACGAAGCGGACACCGCGGAGUACUUUUUACGCGCAGUGCGAGCCUCCAGCAUCUUCCCCAUCCUGAGCGUCAUCCUUCUCUUCAUGGGGGGCCUGUGCAUCGCAGCCAGCGAGUUCUACAAGUCACGCCACAACAUCAUCCUCAGCGCCGGCAUCUUCUUUGUGUCUGCAGGCCUGAGCAACAUCAUCGGGAUCAUCGUAUACAUAUCAGCCAACGCGGGGGACCCGUCCAAGAGCGACUCCAAGAAGAACAGCUACUCGUACGGCUGGAGCUUCUACUUCGGGGCGCUCUCCUUCAUCAUCGCCGAGAUGGUGGGGGUGCUGGCGGUGCACAUGUUCAUCGACCGGCACAAGGAGCUGCGGGCGGGCGCCCGGGCCACCGACUACCUGCAGAGCUCCGCUAUCACGCGCAUCCCCGGCUACCGCUACCGCUACCGCCGGCGCUCGCGCUCCAGCUCCCGCUCCACCGAGCCCUCGCACUCCCGCGACGCCUCCCCCGUGGGCCUCAAGGGCUUCAACACCCUCCCCUCCACCGAGAUCUCCAUGUACACCCUCACCCGGGACCCCCUCAAAUCCUCCAGCACCCCAACCGCCACCUACAACUCCGAGAGGGACCACAACUUCCUGCAGGUCCACAACUGCAUUCAGAAGGACCUGAAAGACUCGGCCCACACCAACACAGCCAACCGGCGCACCACCCCUGUAUGAGCCCCCCCCCCUUUAGAGGAGAGGGGGGAGGGGAUGAGGGGGGGACUGAGGGAAAGGAAACGAGGGGCCCCGCAUCGUUCAAAUAUGAUGAUAUAUAAUGAGUUUCCAUGCCGAAAAAAAGAAAAAUGUUAAAAAAAAGGAAAUGCAUGAUUUUCCCAUCUACCGUUAUUUAAAAGAGUUUUAAAAAUGUUUGUAAAGAUAUGAACUGGAACUACACAUGGUCGAUUCUGGGGAAAAAAAUGGGGAAGGAGGUCUAGAGAGGGGGUGGGGGUUUAUUUUUGGGGGACGGAGUUGGGCAGUGAGGGUGGGGCCAGUGAGGAGGUGGGGAAGGUCAGCUUGUCAGUUUGAUUUGAUUUGUUUUUUUUUAUUUUUUUUUAUUUACACUUCUCUCCUCGGUCUAGACGGGGCUGCAAGCUAUCCCUCCCUCCCACCUCCCCCCCC